AUGUCCGUCAUCGAUGAGGACUCGUUCGACGUUGAGGAAGGGCCGUCGAGCUGUACCUCGCCCGCGCCAUUGUCCCCUUCAUGCGAGCGCCACCCUGAGCUCUGGUUUUCGGAUGGCUCGGUAGUCUUGCGCGCUCAAAACAUCCACUUCCGUGUACACAAGACACAGAUGGCGCGUCACUCUGGUUUCUUUCGCGAUCUGUUCUCGUUGCCGCAACCGCCUAUUAUCGAGGAGACAGUCGAGGGCUGCCCGGUGGUCGACCUGUACGACGACCCAACAGACCUGGCGAACUUGUUGGUCGCCAUAUACGACGGCCUAACGCUCGGCAACAAUGACCCGGAGGACUUCCAUGUCACUUCUGGCAUCCUCCGACUCGCGACGAAGUACGCCAUCGACAAGCUGCGUGAUCGUGCUCUAGCGCACCUCACCAUCGCAUGGCCGACCACGCUCGAGGGUUGGGAUGCCCGCGAAGAGGCUGCGCGUGAGCAUGAAUUCGAUACGGGCCAGCCGCUGUAUCCAUCCCCCAUCGCCGUCAUCAACCUCGCGCGAGAAAUCAACGCGCCGUCUCUGCUGCCAGCCGCCUUCUACGAUCUUUCCCGUUACAGUUUCGCCCAGCUAUUCGACCCGCCGCCGCUCUCUCCACCCCUCUCGCGAGCGGCCUCUCCGCCGCCUACAUCCGCUUCUCUGUCCAUACGCGAUCUUCAGCGCCUCGCCCUUGGCAAGGAAGCUGCGAGUUUGGCUGUGAGCGCUCUCAUCGCAUCACUCGUGCGCGGCCCGGGCGCCGCACAUGCGCGCAAACCCUCCUUUCCGCCCGCCCAGCUCGCUACGACCCACCAUCAGCAUAAUCAGGUGUGCGCGACACCGGGCGCGUGCCAUCGCGAGUUCGCUGAGCUCGGCACGCUCGCGACGCGCCACUAUGUCUGCGAGCGGGGCCGGGGACACGCCGACCCACUCUUCGUCGCUGACGAACUCGCUGCAUUGCUUGGCGAGUGUGGUCCGUGUUCGCGAUCUCUUGAUGCAUGGGCGCAACGCGAGAGGGCGCGUCUCUGGCGUGCGCUGCCCGCGUGGUUCCGUGUCGACGGCGAGCUCUGA